AAGAUGCCGUUUAGCAUCAAACGCUUCACGAUCCACAGAAGCUCGAGCCUUCCAACCAGCCAUGGAGGCUCAAAGAAAGAGGAUCCCACGAAAGGGACCAAUAAAAAGGGCCCUGCAGAGAAGAAAGCUUCCUCGAGGCCGCGCGGCCUGCCCACCUCCCAGUCGGUGGAUACAGCGGAUUUACGUCGCUACAAUAAUCACCAGGAGGGAGGCCCGCAGGAAGAAAGAGUCCCGCCACUGCCUCCUCAUGACAGGUCCCGGCAGUUUGAUUAUGACCCUCGAAAGUAUGCGGGUCCCGAGGAUCGUGGACCACGGUGGCGCAGUUCGGCUAAGGAUAGGGGGCGGCCUCCCUUGCCGAAUGAAGUGGGUCCGGAUGUUCGAAGAGUCAUGGUUCGUCGCAAUGGAGUCCGCUUCCAAGAUAAUGACUGGGGAACAGAAGAAAGUCAAUCUACAAGCAGUAGCAGCGGAGGUGGCACAGCAAGAGAUUAUUGGGAUGAUCCUAAGCCUCCAUCUAAAGACGCUAGGUGGGGCAAUGGGAGGCGAGCUGGAAGACCUGCGUCGUCACGCGGCCCAGGUGAUUGGUCUGAGGAAGGUGCAAACGGAAGCUCCCGACACUCUGGUAAGAAGUCACAAGGGAGGAGACACCAUCAGGCCCAAGAGCCGGCUUUGCUACACGACUCGAGGCCUCCUCCAGAGAUGGAAAAUGCGAUGCAGGGGCGGCAUCCUCUGUACACCCCUCCUUUGGGGCCGUACGACGAGGACCCAGGCAUCAUGUCAGAAGUGGAGACGUCGGCUACGGGCUUCCGAACCACAAGAGCUCCCAAGACUCCACGCAUCGCCUCCUUCCCCCCACCUGCUAGCAGAGGGGGCAAGAUGCCCCAACAUCUCCCCGACAGGCAUCUCAUGGGUCCUGUUUCACCUCAGUUGAGGCAUGAAAAUCUCACUCUAGGUUUGGUGUUCCUGCAGUACCGCAGCGAAACGAAGCGUGCUCUCUUGCCGAACGAAAUCACGACGCUGGACACCGUAAAGGCCCUCUUCGUGCGAUCCUUCCCUAAGCAGCUGACCAUGGAAUAUUUAGAUUCACCCCAUAUCCGCAUCUACAUCCAUGAUCCCGCCAAAGACAUGUUCUAUGAGCUAGAAGACCUGAGGGAUAUUCGAGAUAGAUCUGUGCUGCGAAUUUAUGAACAGGAGUCGAACGGCGAAGUGUACAGCACGUGGGAACAGGAACUGAGCUACUUCUCUGAACCUGAGUUCGACUCUGAAUACCAGAAUCAGCACAUACACAGGGCAAAGGGGGGAGUCGGUUAUUAUGGAGCCGGACUCAAUGCCUUCUGCCCCCUAGCAACACAAACGCUACCCCCCGGCCCAUAUUCACCACCGGAUCGGCCUAAACCACCAAUUGCCUAUGCUCAAACACUACCUUGGGGAACGCAUUUAACAUAUGCCCCAUCAGGUCCUCCUAGCCCAGAGCGGCGUCCUAAGGAAAUUUUGAUACCUCCAGGUGUGUGUCCCCCGCCGAAGCCUCAACGUUCUUUUCAGCAAGGAGGUACUUUACCUUUAGCGAAAGGAAUUCGCUGUACUCCCCCGCCCCCAACGGGACCUCCGCCUUCAAUCCCGUCCCCCCGGUCCGUCAUGCCCAGACCUAUAG